AGACAAAUAAGUGUAAAAUGGAUGAAGUCGCGCUUUCUCAUGAGAAAAACGGUCGAAAGAGUGACCAGUUUGACUUAACUGGUUCUCAUAGCCAACGUAAAUUGGAUAAGCUGGGAUCAGCAAGUUUUAUAUCGUCUGUAUCUAAUCUUUUGAAUACUAUUAUUGGUGCAGGAGUAUUAGCAAUGCCUUAUGCUUUGUCAUCAACGGGUAUUCUGGGUGGUAUUAUUAUUCUUUUUAUAUCAGCUAUAACAAGUGGACUUGGACUUUAUUUUCUCGCAGGUUGUGCAUUAAAAUUGAAGCGUGGGGAGGCAUCAUUUCAUAAAAUAACAGACAUUACGUUUCCUUCUGUCUCAUUUCUUUUUGAUGCAAUAAUUGCAGUUAAAUGUUUUGGUGUAACUGUAACCUAUUUAAUUUUGAUUGGAGAUGUUAUGCCGCAAGUUAUACGGAUGAUCAAGUCAGACUUGUCGGAUACAUCUUUUUUAAUUAGUAGGCAUUUCUGGAUCACAAUAUUUAUGGCUUUCAUAACACCUUUUAUGUUUCUUCGUCGUCUUGAUUCUUUACGUUAUAUAUCUAUUGUUUCUCUUUUUUCUAUCAGUUAUUUGACAAUAAUUGUUAUUAAAUAUUUUUUUCAAAGGAAUGUUUGGAAUUCUGAUGUAGAGGUCCAUUUUCUUAAAGGAAAAGGGAUUAAUGCUAUUAUAUCUUCAGUAUCUGUUUUUAUAUUUGCUUAUAAUUGUCAUGAGAAUAUGUUUACUAUUGUUAAUGAAAUUCGUGAUAACAGUAGAAAAAAUAUUGCUAAAGUUAUUUUUACUUCUAUUGGGUUAUCUUCAAUUCUCUUUCUUCUAUUAGCAAUACUUGGAUAUCUUACUUUCGGUGUUCUUGUUCCGGAAAAUAUCAUUUUAGGAUAUGAAUAUUCUGUUGCUACGACCAUCGCAAGAGUUGCUGUCAUUGUUGUUAUUAUGUUCUCAUAUCCUCUCCAAGGUUAUCCGUGUCGAGUAAAUUUGGAUUAUGCUUUAUCUUGGAAUCCUAAAUCUCGCAGACCUAUUAACAGGAUUACAUCUGAAAUGAGUAAUUUACGAUUUAAUAUACUUACUUGCAUGAUUAUUGUGUUUUCAUACCUUCUUGCUAUGACUAUACGUUCUUUCGAAAGAGUUUUAUCAUAUGUUGGAUCUAUAGGGUCAACAGCAACUUCCUUUAUUCUUCCAGGGCUAUAUUAUAGCAAACUAGUAUACACUGAGGAUAUUUUAUAUAGCAAAGAUGAUCAGGAUAAUCGAGAAAUCGAGAAUAGGAGCAGUUUAUUGAAUAAAUCAAGAUUUUCAAAGGCAUGGUAUUCAAAAAUGGCUGCUAUAUCAUUGGCUGUUUUUGGUAUUAUUGUUGCAUUAAUCUCUUUUAUAUCAAAUAUACUUUAUACUGUUCAAGGUCGUUGA